AUGCUGCAGGUACCGCUGCCCCUGGACCGGGACGGGAUCCUCUUCCGGCUCCGCUUUACCACGCUGGCCGUUGGGACGGUGUUCUGCCCGCUCUUUGGUUUCCUCUUCUGUGUGAUCUGGUCUCUGCUGUUCCAUUUCCAGGAGACGACAGCCACGCACUGCGGGGUCCCGAACUCCCGGCCCUCCAUCGGCGCUGCCAUCGGGGGCGAGACCCCCCAGCGCUACGUCUGGCGCCUGUGCAUCGGCCUCCACUCGGCCCCCCGCUUCCUGGUGGCCAUCGCCUACUGGAACCACUACCAGAGCUGCCACUGCUCGCACCCUCGCUACCUGCACCUCUGCCACUUCAACCUGCUGCUCAACCUGCUGGAAAACUUCGCCCUCCUAAUCCUGACGUACGUGUCCUCGUCUGAAAACUAUGCCAUCCACGAAAACGCGUUCAUCGUCUUCAUCACCUCGGCCCUGGGCCACAUGCUCCUGACGUGCGUCCUCUGGAGAAUGACUAAGAAACACACAGUAAGUCCCGAGCAGCGCAAAACCCACCCAUGCUGCUAA